AUGGGCAUCACAUUUUUAGAAGUUAUCAAACCUUUCUGUGCAGUUCUACUAGAAAUUCAGAAACCUGAAAGGAAAAUCCAGUUUAGAGAGAAGAUACCACUAUUUGGAAUCAUGUCAUCAGAUUCUGCAGAUCCUUUCUACUGGAUGAGAGUUAUUCUUGCAUUCAACAGAGGAACUUUAAUGGAAUUGGGUAUCUCCCCAAUUGUAACAUCUGGUUUGAUUAUGCAGUUGUUAGCUGAAGCCAAAAUCAUUGAAGUUGGAGAUAUACCCAAAGACAGAGCCCUAUUCAGUGGAGCCCCAAAACUAUCUGGUAUGAUCAUUACCAUUGGGCAAGCCAUUGUGUAUGUCAUGACGGACCUCUAUGGGGAUCCCACUGAAAUAGGGGCUGGAAUCUGUCUCCUUAUCAUGAUUCAGUUGUUUGUUGCUGGUUUGAUUGUGCUGCUGUUAGAUGAGUUGCUACAGAAGGGUUACGGCUUGGGGUCUGGGAUUUCCCUUUUUAUUGCCACCAACAUCUGUGAAACCAUUGUCUGGAAGGCCUUUAGUCCCACUACCAUUAACAGUGGCAGAGGUACUGAGUUUGAGGGUGCAGUCAUAGCAGUCUUUCAUUUACUGGCCACCAGGACAGUCAAAGGUCAAGCUCUAAGGGAGGCUUUCUAUCAUCAGAAUUUACCCAAUCUCAUGAACCUCAUUGCUACAGUUUUCAUGUUUGCUGUUAUAUAUUUUCAGGGAUUUCGUGUGGAUCUGCCCAUUAAGUCGGCCCAGUACCGAGGGCAGUACAGCAGCUACCCCAAGCUCUUCUACACCUCCAACAUCCCCAUCAUCCUGCAGUCGGCCCUGGUGUCCAACCUGUAUGUUAUUUCCCAGAUGCUGUCAGUUCGAUUUUUAGUAAAUUUACCAGGCAACUUUUUAGUAAAUUUACCAGGACAGUGGGCUGAUGUCAGUUGGGGAAGACCUGCUUGUUCUUACCCAGUGGGGCGCCUUUGUUACUACCUUUCUCCUCCUGAGUCCAUGGGCGCCAUAUUUGAGGAUCCUGUCCAUGUGGUUGUUUAUGGCAUCUUCACGUUGGGAUCAUGUGCAUUCUUUUCUAAGAUGUGGAUAGAGGUGUCUGGUUCCUCAGCCAAAGAUGUAGCGAAACAGCUUAAAGAACAGCAAAUCGUAAUGAGAGGCCACGGGGAUACCUCUAUGGUUCAUGAGCUUAAUAGGUACAUCCCCAUAGCAGUUGUGUUUGGCGACUUGUGCAUCGGCGCCCUGUCCAUGUUGGCUGACUUCUUCGGGGCCAUCGGCUCAGGCACUGGAACUCUGCUUGCAGUCACUAUUAUUUAUCAGUAUUUUGAAGUGUUUGUUAAAGAACAGGCUGAAGUUGGCGGGAUGGGUGCUUUGUUUUUCUAAAUGUUCCAGUAUUUCUUUUUGUGUGUGUGAAAGGGAAAAUAUUUUGACACACUGUUUUUGUCAGAUAAUGCUGGCUCCCCUUUUCUUCUCUCACAGUUUGUUUUCAAGUGCUGACCGUCUCAUUCCUGAAAUGGGCACGGAGC